CACUCGACGCUUGUUUCAAACCUAUCUAACUCCAUUUUACAUUUUCCCACAGUGCGUCUUUCUACCCCACUGUGCAUGUCCGUCCUCGCUUUGCAAUCCAAUUUGUCCUCCUCUCCUUUAUCCUUCCCCUCCUCCCCUCCCUUCUUCAUUUGAAGUAAUAAGAUUUCUGCUGUUCAGCGGAGAGUUUUAGAAACACACACACACACACACACACACACACACACACACACACACACACACACACACACACACACACACACACACACACAUUGAAAAGCAACCUCUACCCCUCAAUUACUGCGCUGCCACACCUCCAGCUAUCUCUAAUCUCCUUCGGUGGACCUCGGAGUGCAGGCUGAAACAAAUUACAGAGCGGGGCGAGGAGGCAGCGAAAGGUGUCACUAAAAAUAACAAACUUCGCAGGAUUCAGAAAGAAAGGAAGAAGAAUGAAGACGGAUCAAAUAAAAAUGAGGACGAUUUGACGGAGGAGGAGGGAAGCUGCGGAUUUAUUUCUCGUAGGAGUGUGAGGAGUUUCAAGGGAGGACUUCCCCAUCGCUGCCCGCCAACAUGGUGGACCUGUUCCUCGACCGAGUUCUUGUGGAGAACAACUCGGACCAGGACGAGCUCAACACGGAGCGCGAGAUCAUCGGGAUCCUGGAGAACCGCGUCCUGCUGCUCUUCUUUGCGUCGGCCGAGUGUGAGAAGUGCCAGAGGUUUGUGCCCGUCCUCAGCAGCUUCUUCAGGAAGCUGAAAGAUCCAGCGUACAUCGAAUACCCCAAACUGCUCGCUCUCAUCUACAUCAGCUUGGACCAAUCUGAGGAGCAGCAGAGAGAAAUCCUCAAAGAGCUCCACAAAAGGACUUUGUUUUUGGGGUUUGACGACCCGUACAGAAAGGAGCUCCAGGCCAUGUUUAAGGUGAAGGACGUCCCAGCGGUGGUGGUCUUGCGUCCCGACGGCUCCGUCCUCUCUCCGAACGCCGUGCGGGACAUCUGCCGCCUCGGCACCGACUGCUUCCGCAACUGGCAGGAGUCGGCGGAGCUGGUGGAGCGGACCUUCAUGCUCAACGAGGAGUUCGACGACCCCAACCUGCGGAGCGCCACCGACCCCGUGAGGAGGCUCAAGUACAAGACCGAAGACGACAAGAGGAACAAGAGAUGGUGGAAGUUGUGGGUGAAGGGAAAGGACGGGAACGGCGAGGAGGAAAAAGACGAAGCAUGGGACAUGAAGAGAAAGAGUGCAGAUAGAGGAAUUUGGCGAAAGAGAUGAAAGAGUUUUUGAUUUUUUAUGAUAUAGCUUAACUGUUUUUUUUGCUGUCUUCAAUCUAAUUCUGCUCAUCUAAAAACAAACCACACCUGUUGUUGCUGCUGUGACCCAACACCGUUUUCAAAAAAUGUGAAAUUAUAGAUUAUACAUUAUGUAUUUAAGUAAAAAAAUUAAUGGUCUAUAUUUUUUUAUUAUAGAUAAAAUACUCAGAACUGUACAAAGACAUUUGUUGAAUUAAAUUUAAAUUUUUUUUUUUCCUUUUAUUUUUUUUUAGGUUUUCUGGAUAAAAACGUCUGCAAAUAAAAUACCAAAGAUAAGAAACUAAAAAGUAUUAACUUUACAUCAAACAUUUUUGAAAAAUGUUGCUUAAUUCUGUUAAACAAAACAGAGAUAAAACUCUAAAGAGUUUUAUCUCUGUUUUGUAAUUCUCCUCGAGUUUUGUAACUCGCCUUGUAAAUACCAACGUUAUCUACACCAAGCAGAGGAAUAAAACUGAUACCAGUAAACAAAAGUAUUUUAAUUUUCUACUUUUGCCCUAAUGUUAGCACUAUGGCUGAGCUAGCUAUAAUGCUAACAUAGAGCUCAGCUAUACUAUAGCUAAACUAGCUACUAUAGGAGCUAUGCUGCUGGAUCAGCUGCAGUAGCUAUACUAACUAGCUCAGCUACAGUAGCUAUAGUAGCUAGCUCAGCUACAGUAACUAUAGCAGCUAGCUCAGCUACAGUAGCUAUCAUAGCUAGCUCAGCUACAGUAGCUAUUGUAGCCAGCUCAGCUACAGUAGCUAGCUCAGGUACAGUAGCUAUUGUAGCUAGCUCAGCUAUAGUAGCUAGCUCAGCUGCUGUAGCUACAGUAGCUAGCUCAGCUGCAGUUGCUAUAGUAGCUAGCUCAGCUAAGUUCAAAGCAUAUUUGUGGGAAUGUUUAUUUAUUUUGGCCAAUAUAACCAUGGAAAGUGUGUCCAAUGGUUUUCAAGUUUGCUGUUGCUGAUGUUGAUUUAGAAAGCUGUAAAAGUGACUCUUGGACUUAAGUAAAUAUUCAUUUAUUAAAAUGUUGUUUAUAAAAAAUCUGAGUAAUUUAAUUUUAUGUCUGUGUGAUUGAACCCACUCAUUUCACUUAGAGCUUUUAGGAUUCCUUUUUGCUGUCAGAUUCAAUAUAUAAGAACAAUAUUGAAAAUUGUAUCUAUUUAUGGAACUCAGUUCAUUAAAUGGAAGCAGUGUUUCAAGAUGAAUCACUGUCAGACUCAUGUAUUAGUCAUUAUUUCAGUUUGAAGUUAUAUUCCACUGCCAGCCAAUGAAAACACACUUAUAUCAGAUCAUGUCAAUAAAAUCAUUAAUACAGAACUGUGGGCCUGUACAAAUCCCUAAACAAUAAACGUCUUGUUGCUCACUUCA